AAGAUAGGGGGCGGUAAACGAUAAGGUAGGAACACAUUCAGGAGCAACGCAGCACCGACGUGGGGAAAUACUCAACGGGAAGCAGGAACUAAAUGAAAAGAAGCCGCUAUAAUGCGUUUGCUUCUGCGCUCUUCGCUAUGGUACACAUCGGCAUUUCUUGGUUCGCAUACUGCCUUUAAAAGCGAGCUUGUCACACAAGAAAUUACCUCAUAUCUGAUAAAAACGAUGCAUUAUCAAACCGAAGAGCGAGGACGACCGAACUCCUCUGACUACAGGAUAUAUUUUAAAACCUCUGACGGGAAAUACAUCUCUCCCUUUCAUGAUAUUCCACUUAUCGCCAAUGGAGAUCAGGAAAAUGAUGUGCCAUCUAAAAAACUGAAGAAGAAUGACAAUGAGGUUCUGUAUAACAUGGUUGUGGAGGUACCUCGAUGGUCCAAUGCCAAAAUGGAGAUUGCAACCAAGGAACCACUGAACCCGAUCAAGCAGGAUAUGAAGAAGGGCAAACUCCGAUACGUGGCCAACGUGUUUCCUCAUAAAGGUUACAUCUGGAACUACGGGGCGCUCCCACAGACAUGGGAAGACCCGAACCACACGGACAAGGACACCAAGUGCUGCGGUGACAAUGACCCCAUAGACGUCUGCGAAAUCGGCACGCUGGUGUGUUCCCCAGGUCAGGUGAUCCAGGUGAAAGUGCUGGGGGUCCUGGCCAUGAUCGACGAGGGAGAGACGGACUGGAAGCUGAUAGCCAUCAACGCUGACGACCCAGAGGCCCCCAGCCUUAACAGUAUCGAGGAUGUCCGCAAAAGCAGAUCAGGUCAUUUGGAGGCCACGGUCGACUGGUUUAAAAAAUACAAGGUGCCAGACGGCAAGCCCGAAAACCAGUUUGCGUUCAAUGGACAGUUCAAAGACAAGGACUUUGCUGUGGAGGUCAUUAAGUCCACUCACGAGCACUGGAGGGCACUGGUGCAGAAGCAGACUAAUGGUGGCGAGAUAGAUUGUAAAAACGUCUCUGUCUGCGAGAGCCCCUUCAAAUUCACUGGGGAGGACGCCUGCAAUGUGGUCAAAUCGGCUCCUGCUGGUGGCGAGGCACUUCCUGUAUCUGCAGAAGUGGACAAGUGGCAUUUCCUUUCCAAGUGAUUCUGGAGUGAAGUCCUGCGACGUAAAAAGCUGAGAACUUUUGUCCAAUAUUCAAAUGAAGCACUUAAAAUAUUUUUUCUAUUUUUACUGCAAAUGUUUUAGUAUUCAGCUGAUUUGGUUAUUCCCAUCUAAAUUUGUAAACGAUUAUAUCAUGUUUUAUUGCAUUAUGUUUGAGACUGAUGUUCUUGUACAGACAGACAGGCCUAUUGUAUUUUAUUUAAAAGUGCCAAAAUGCAUUUCAGUAAUGGGUUGUAUGCUAUUGAACUAAGAACCGUUAUUUGAUAUUCAUAAUUUCUCAAUUCGAAAACUACGCAUGGUGUGCGUUUGAUUGACAUCAACAACAUUUCCACACACAAACAUGCAGACCAAAAUAAAUAUUUGAACCACUCAAAUUCAAAUGACAACUAGAUGUGAAACUUAAAACGUGCUUUAAAUAAAUAUAAAUUUUAUUAAAAACACCCACAUCUCAGCAAUAUCAGGAAUGAUAUCAUAAACAGCUUUCAAAUAAACUGCAUUCAGUACAUUACAAUACUUACAGCAUUAUAACAUUCUUAAUUCCAUUUUUAGCAUACCAACCUUAAAGGGUAACAAGGGAAGCAGUAAUAAAAAAAAGACGGAGGCAGAAAAUAACAAAACGUUUUAAAAACUUUAGUGUCUCGAACUGCAAAAUACCAACGUGUACAUUAAACUGCUAGCUUAACAUAAGAGCUGUGCACUCUCGUGCGUUAGUCAAGCUCAAAGUCAUUCAAGUAAUGUUGAAUCACACUCCAACACUCUGAAGCUUUUCAAGUAUGGCUAUGCUCGUCACCCGCUAUGUCUCAGACACUCCUUUUCACAACCACAACCUGCUACUGUCGCUGGGUCCUGUACACUGAAAUUCAACAUUAAAAUGAUCUAUUCUUUUUUUUCACAGAAACUGCAAUCCUUUACAAAAACUAUUAAGUGACUUGAGCUAACAGGAACCUUAGAGCUGUAAACAUUGCUGUUUUUUGACAGUGAGUGUGGCAAUCUACAAAACCCAGGAACAUUAUCUAACUGAGCGUCCUGUGAACCUGGAAAAGACUAAAAGAUAGAUUUGAAAGAAGAUUGCUGAUAGAAACAUGGGCCAUGGGUACAUUUGACAAAAUUACAAUAAACCUACACCUUUUAACAUAUUACAAUAGUAGGUUGUUAUUAAAAAUCAACAAUUGUAUUUCCGUAAUACAAACACAUGGUAUGUACAAUGUGGCAUAAUUUAUUUUAAACACAUUUACAAUAAUCUACUGAUUUUCUUAUCUUAAAUAAAAUGUUUUGUAAUAUUUUA